AUGUCCAAGCCAACAGCCAACUGGGAAAAGGUCGGCGACAAAUUCUACAGAAAAGUCCAGCUCUACCAGGCCGUCUUCGACCAGGAUCUCGAGCUCGAGAACUACCAUGUGGUGGGGGCGCCGUAUAGCGGUGCUGUAGCCAUCUACCGCGAUGAAGACAAACUACAGACAUAUCGCGGGCCAGGACCGUCCAAGUCGAGCAUCGACAUCUACAGCUGCGCGGGCAAGCUGAUCCGAAGCAUCAACUGGGACAAGGGACCCAUCCGGGGCUUGGGCUGGUCUGAGGACGAAAAGCUGCUUGUCGUCACAUCAGACGGCACCGUGCGAUGCUACUACGGCCUGCAGGGCGACUUCGUGCCCUUCACACUGGGCCAUGAUUCAGACCAACUGGGCGUCGUGUCGUGCAAGUUUUAUAGUACAGGCUUCGUCGCGCUGCUCGGGAACAACCAUCUCAUCUCGGUCACCUCGUACACCGAACCGCGCCCUAAACUCCUGGCCAUUCCUCCGACCGACCCCAUUAUAUCCUGGAGCAUAGUCCCACCUGCAUACUCGCUCUCGCGCUCAGUCGAAGUCAUCCUUGCCAUCGGAACAACACUUUACGUUGUGGACGCGACUGAAGCUGAAGACAGGAACUUUGAUGCUGGGCCCUUCAGACACAUUAGCGUCAGUCCGCGCGCGGAGUUCCUCGCCUUUUAUACAGAAGAUGGCAAGGUGUGGGUUGUCAGCGGUGAUUGGAGCGAGAAGCUCAGCGAAUACGACAGCAAGAUCAAGACAGUCCCUAAGGACAUGGAAUGGUGCGGCUCAAACGCUGUUGCGCUGGCGUGGGAAGAUGAAGUACAUCUGAUUGGCCCCAGGAGCGCCGCGACAAAGUUCUACUAUGAUACCUGGGUGCACCUGCUACCAGACAUUGAUGGCAUCCGCCUUCUCACAAACGAUGUAUGCGAGUUUAUCCAAAAAGUGCCAGAUGAAGCGGUCGACGUCUUCAGGCUUGGCUCCGACUCGCCUGCUGCAAACUUGCUAGAAGCAUCGUCUCUUCUCGAGCAAAAGAGCCCGAAAGCAGACGAUCUCAUCCAACUUAUACGCCCUAGCUUAGGUGAGGCUGUUGAUACCUGUAUCAAAGCUGCUGCGCAUGAGUACAAUAUUCAUUGGCAGAAGUCGCUGUUGAAAGCUGCCUCAUACGGAAAGUCGGUAUUGGACUUGUACUCGUCUGAUGACUUUGUCGAUACCUGCGAUACACUACGAGUUCUCAACGCUGUGCGUUUUUACGAGGUUGGACUGCCGCUCAGUUACGAUCAGUACCGUCGCAUGACACCCGAGAAGCUCAUUGAACGUCUCACGAAUCGCAGUGAAUACCUCUUGGCACUGCGAAUCGCCGAGUACCUGCAUUUGCCAGCCAAUCAGAUUCAUGGUCAUUGGGCGCAGCAAAAGGUUCGUGUUUCUACAGACCCGGAAGAAGAAAUAUGCAGCUUGAUUGUCAAGAAGCUUCAUGGGAAGCCAGGCGUGUCUUUUGAAGACAUUGCGCGGGCGGCGUAUGAUGAAGGUCGUGUUCGCCUUGCAACGGACCUACUAAACUAUGAACCUCGAGCAGGAAAGCAAGUACCCCUGCUUCUGAACAUGAAGGAAGACAACAUUGCACUUGACAAGGCUAUCGAAUCCGGCGACACUGACCUGAUCUACCAUGUUCUACUGCACCUCCGUAAGAAGCUGCCGCUUGCGUCCUUUUUCCGAGUCAUUAAUAGUCGACCGGUCGCCACAGCUCUUGUCGAGUCGUCAGCUUGGGACCAGGACCGUGAUCUAUUGAAGGAUCUGUAUUACCAAGACGACAGACGACUCGAUGGAUCGAAUCUUUUGUUAUCUGAGGCCCUCUCCCAAGACAACCAGGCUGCUGCACAAGACAAGUUGAAGUUGGCAUCGAAAUACCUCCAAGACUCUCGCGAGAGUACAGCCAUCUUCCAACGCCAGUCUAUCGAUGAUGCAGCCAAGCUUCUUCGUCUCCAAACACAAUUUGAGAAUGACCUCAAUGGACCCAGGGACGCCAGCCCCGCUAGCACAUUACCUGGCCAGACCUACGUUGGGCUCUCGGCGAACGAAACAAUCUUCCAACUUAUUCGCCAGGGUCAUACCAAACGCGCUCAAAAGGUGCAGUCAGAGUUCAAGAUCAACGACAAGACAUACACGUACAUCCGGCUCCGGGCCUUAGUCGCAGCACGCCACUGGAUCGAGCUCGAAGAGUUCGCCAAGCAAAAGAAGAGUCCUAUUGGCUGGGAACCCUUUUUCAACGAGAUCCUCGGCGCAGGCAACACUCGAGUCGCAUCGGUAUUUAUUCCAAAGUGCACAUCCCUGUCCGUACCUGAGCGCGUAGAAAUGUGGACCAAAUGUGGCCUGCUAGUCAAAGCAGGAGAGGAAGCAUUCAAAGUCAAAGACCGGGAGUUGCUUGAAGAGAUUCGAGCCAAGGCGGGUGGAAGUGCAGCUAUCGAAGUGGAGAGGUUACUUGGUAUGUUACCCCCGAGCAAGAAAUAA